AUGCACACCUGCGGCAUAUGAAUUGCAAAAGUGUCUGGGUCUGGAAGAUUCCAACUUGUCAUGGUAAAUCUGAAGCAUGCGAAAAUCUGUGCUGCAUGAGUGCCAAAAGCUGUACACUUUUGACCAAGUCGGAUGGGAGUUUGUUUCUCAUGCAGGAUAGGCAUGGCAGAGACCUCGCAGAGUCUGUUAUGCUAAGUCCCGCAUUCCAGACCCACCUCAUAGGUCAUGGAGAAUCUGCAUGACAAGGCUACACUUUUCCAGACCCAGACAUUUUUACAUUUGAUACGGCACUAUCAGUCCCGAAAUGAUGGCCACCGCCCUGAAAGCCGUGGGAUUUGAUAGCAACGGGGACGUGAACAAGGACCUAGUAUGAAUUGCAAAAGUAUCGCACUCGUAUAAAUGCAUUACAAAUUUCCUCAGCGUGAGAAAUAAAAUUUGUCGGGCUGAUUUACCUUAAAGAGAAGACUUGUAAUGCAUGACUGCAGUACGAAUACGAUACUUUUGCACAGGAUACCUAGGGCGCGGCAACGACUGGGUGGGAAGUGGUGCGGCGCUCACCCACGACGCCUUCCAGACCAAAGAGAUGGGGAGCGUGUUCGUGCCCCGCGUGAACUGCACGCCGCCCGUGGCGGAUGCGAAGUGGGUGUGGAUCAUCCUCCCGAGUGGCACGUAUGGAUUGCAAAUAUGUCUGGGUGGUCUGGAAGAAUACAAACUUAUGAUGCGUAUUUCAGAACACAGAAAAAUCUCUCAUGCACAGGUAGCAAAAGCUGCCCACUUUCUGUCACCAAAGUGGGUGACUUGUCAUGCGGAUUCGGCAUUGCGGAAGCUUCUCGAAACCUGUGAUGCUGAAGCUUCCAUGCCAGCCCUUCUGUGUCAUGCAAAGACAGCAUGACUCUUCCAGACCCAGACACUUUUGCAUUUGAUAGCACGGAGGACAGUGCAACGCGGCAAAUUCGCAUCACGGAGCUCGCGGCGUACUAUGAGCGUGCACACCCCCCCCCAUUCUCCUCAUUUGUAUGGCAUGAACAGCAAUACAUCAAACGCAAGCACAAGUGUAGGCCAUGCAUGACAAAUUUAUGUAGUGCCUGAUGUAGUACUGCUUCGGAUUCCGAAACUUGUCAUGCAAACAGUGCCACAGGACAGGGCAGCGACUGGAAGACUUGGGGUUCUUUUGCGUGACAAAUGAUGGUGGGGGCGAGCUCUGCACUGUCAUACGUACGGUCGCACAGAGCACGAGCACGAUGCGGAAGGAUUUUGA